UGCACAUGAUGCAAACGUAGCUCUGGAAACUCCCAUUAACUCUUUUUCAUCUCCCCCAAAUUCUCUCUCUCUCUCUCUCUCUCUCUCUCUCUCUCUCUCAAAUCCAUGGCCUCCUCAAAUUCUUCAUCUCCAUUAAAGAUUGGCAUCAUGGGGUUUGGUCCCUUUGCUCAGUUCUUGUCACAAACACUUCUUAAACGAGGCCACUCUCUUUCAGCAGCUUCUCGCUCUGACCACUCUCUUCUCUGUUCUCAAAUGGGCGUCCAUUUCUACAGGGAUUUCGAUGAAUUGAUCGGAUCAGACGCUGAGGUUGUGUUGCUGUCUACGUCCAUUAUAUCCAUUGAUAAUGUGAUCCGUUCGGUAUCUUUCGAUCGUCUUCGAAGGCCUCUGCCUCUGUUUGUUGAUGUGCUCUCUGUUAAGGAAUACCCAAAGGAGCUCCUUCUUCAAGUAUUGCCAGAGGAAGCAGAUAUUCUUUGCACUCACCCCAUGUUUGGACCAGAGAGUGGGAAGCAAGGAUGGAAAGGGCUCCCACUGGUUUAUGAGAAAGUCAGGAUCAGAGAUCAUAGUCUCUGUCAAAACUACUUGGAAAUAUUCCAAUCUGAGGGUUGCAUAAUGGUGGAGAUGUCCUGCGAAGAACAUGACAAGGUUGCAGCAAAGACCCAGUUCCUUACUCACACAAUUGGAAGAGUUUUGGCUGAAAUGGAGAUUGACUCCACACCAAUGGACACCAAGGGUUUCCAAGCACUGCUUCAAUUGAAUAAGAACACUGUGAAGGAUAGCUUUGAUUUGUAUGGAGGGCUAUUUGUACACAAUAGAUUUGCAAAACAAGAGCUGGAGAAUCUAGAGCUUGCCUUGAAGAUUGUGAAAGAGAAAUUGCUGGGCAGCGCUAAUGGAGUCAGUGAUCUUUGAAUUUUUAAUAGAAUAUAUGAUCAGUUAUGCUAUAUAUAUUACGAGUAAUUAUUCUGUCAACUAGGAAAUAAUUGCGCUGAGCAGUCAAUUUUAUAAGGAAAAUUAGAGGACAGUGAGAAAACCUUAAUGCUUUGUUAUGAAAGUUUUGAAAAUCUUUAACACUUUUUA